AUGGAGCCCUUUAAUGACCAGGAGAAGCGGCAUCUCCUUGCCGAAAUAAUCAAACACAGUCAAUUAGAUGUCCAAUAUUUGGAGAAUCUAGUUCGUCAUAUUGAGCCAAACUGGAUGCAAAUGCAACUCCCGAACGGCCGCAACAUGGCUCAGUGUAUGGAGACAGCUCAGAACAUGUACAUAGGACAGCGUGGGACAAAGCGAAAAGCUAGCGAAGAAGAAUCGAGCACUCAGAACAACAACGACGGCCAACUUCACAGCAACCAAGCUCUGCCUCUUCUGUCUCAACAUUCUCCAGCGCAGAACUCACCGGCAAACUUCCAACGCCAACCCACUAUGGCUCCUGGGCCCCAUUUGCAGCAACCUCAGCGAACUGACCAGCCUCCCAAGAAGAAAAAGGGUCGUCCAGCAUAUGCAGGCCGGGACGUGACUAGCCAGCGACCUUUUAAUCCUCGACCUAUCGCUCCAAAGCCAUCUGCACACAUUCUACAGAAUCCCCACUCGGGCUUUCGCACUAUUGCACCGGCUCCUCAAGCUGUUCUUCCGCCACGGCCCCCGGGAUCACUGCAUAAUAAAUACAAAGCCUUCUAUCAUGCCGUCCUCCGGGAUGCCUCAGCCAAAGCAGGCAGUAGGAAUCUUAGACAAUAUACCGCAUGGAGAACAUAUGUCUAA